GGGUAUAAAGCCGGCUCCUCCCGCCUCCUCCCUCCUUCUUCUUCCUCCUCCGGCGGCUCCUUCUCCCUCCUUCUCGGUUCUUCCUCGUCAUGGGCUUCGGUGACCUGAAAUCCGGCUCCGGCCUCAAAGUGCUGAACGACUUCCUGUCGGACCGCAGCUACAUAGAGGGGUACGUGCCCUCUCAGGCCGACGUCGUCGUCUUCGAUGCGAUCUCCUCGCCACCGUCGGCCGACCUGUGCCACGCCCUCCGUUGGUACAACCACAUCAAGUCCUACCAGUCCCUGAAGAACAGUCUUCCAGGUGUGAAGAAACCUCUGGGUCAGUACGGGCCUGCAGGUGUGGCCGACACCACCUCCAGCUCCGCCCCCGCUGCCUCCAAAGACGAUGAUGACGAUGACAUCGACCUGUUCGGUUCUGACGACGAGGAAGACGCAGAGGCAGCCCGGCUGAAGGAGGAGCGUCUGGCUGAGUACGCUGCCAAGAAGGCCAAGAAGCCCGCCCUCAUCGCCAAAUCUUCAAUCCUAUUGGACGUGAAGCCAUGGGACGACGAGACGGACAUGGCCAAGCUGGAGGAGUGUGUUCGCAGUAUCCAGAUGGACGGGCUGGUCUGGGGACAGUCCAAACUGGUCCCAGUCGGUUACGGCAUCAAGAAGCUGCAGAUCAACUGCGUGGUUGAGGACGAUAAGGUGGGCACAGACAUCCUGGAGGAGCAGAUCACAGCCUUCGAGGAUUACGUUCAGUCGAUGGACGUCGCAGCUUUCAACAAGAUCUGAAAACACAAACGUUAAAAUCAUGUCACAAUAAAAAGCACUUCAACACAAA